AUGAAACCCUCAACGCUCCUCCUAGCGGCCCUCGCGCCAGCCGCCGUCCUGGCCGAUCCCCUCCCACGCGCCAACUCCAAUAUCGCACCCAACCCCGACUCUCUGGCCCAGCGCUCGCCCUUUGCGACGAUACCGGAGCCAAACAGACACCACACGAGGGCGCCAGAGUCAUUGUCAGACUCCGACGUGACGGUGACCCUGGACAAGCGCAUCACCAGGCAUAUCCUUCAGGCUCGCAGUGAGGGCUCGCUUGGCCAGACGCCGUGGAUCGGUAUGGCAAUUGGUCUGACGUGCACGGCGCUGGCGGCGGUGAUGUUGGGUUAG